AUGUCUCAAUCAAAUAAACCACAUAGAUUACGUACUAAUGCGACUCAGGCAUGUACAAAUUGUCAAACACGACACCGAAGGUGUGAAUGGCUUUCUGAAAGGGACAUUUGUCCAUACUGUAGAAGAUAUGGACUUAAUUGUAUCACUACCCCGGGUAGAAGACGCGGGCGAAGGCCUAGGUCGCCCAGAACUACCGAAGCUAUCUAUUCUUUCGAAACUGUUGUGUCAUUCAUUGGCCAAGGACAAAUGCCAAAUGAUCAAAAUACCGCGUCAAUUAAUUCUUAUGAACCUUCUCUUAGAAUUACCGAAACGCUUAUUAACCAAGAAUUAACACAAAUUACCACAUCAAUUAACCCUUACGAAACUACUACUACACACCUCGGAACCUCACAUACUUAUAAUCAUAUUUCUACUAUUCCUUCUUUCGGACCUACUUAUGCAUUCAUUGACCAAGGACAAACGUUAGAUGAUCAAAAUAUCGCGCCAAUUAAUCCCUACGAACCUUUUUUUGAAACUACCGGAACAUUAAUUGACCAUGAACCAACAUCAAAUCAUUCACAUAUUUAUAAUCAUAUCACUACUAUUCCUUCUUUCGGAACUACUGAUGCAUUCAUUGGCCGACAAACGUUAGAUGAUCAAAAUGCCGUGUCAAUUAACUUUUAUGAAUCUUUUUUGGGAACUACCGGAGCAUUCAUUGGCCAAGAACUAACACCAAAUCAUCAAAAUACUACAUCAAUUAACACUACAAUUCCUUCUUUCGGCCAAGGACAUACUUUAGAUGAUCAAAAUACUAAGUCAAUUAUUAACCAAGAACCAACACCAAUUAUCACAUUAAAUAACCCUUAUGAAAUUACUACUACUGAAGAACUUCAAUUCUUCUACCCAAACUUCGAAACCCUACAUAUUUAUGAUUAUAAUCUUUUGAGGGCUGCCAAAGCGACUGCCGAAGCAUUUGCCGAAGCGACUGUCGAUAGAUUUAUUGUUUAUAAUCGUAACUUUCUUUUGGAGACUGCCGAAGCAUUUGCUGACCAAGGAUCAUCGUUAGAUAAUCAAAAUACCACGACAAUUUUUAGAGAAGCAUUUAUUGCCCAAGAACAAACACCAAAUAAUCAAAAUACCGCAUCAAUUGGCCCCUGUGAAAACUACUACUGA